UCAAACUCAACUUUAUUAACAUGAAAUCGAUGGAAAGAAGAGAAAGCUAGGUUUGUGGCACCCGAGAGAGGAGAGACACAGCAAAACCAGAGCCACCGUGAUAGGUAGCCCCGUCGUAUCACCGCCAGUGUCUUGAUGGCGGCUUGUGCUUCCACCGCUGUUCGACAGCCACCACCUGGAGGAAAUAAAACCUCCUCUUUUUUGUUUUUGGGACAUAUCAGGAGAUUCGCUCGUGACUACAUCCGUGAUUUUAAAAAUCUGACUAGUAUGCCUUCUGCACCAGUUCGCACUGCUCCUCGAGGAUGGCGUCCACUUGCAAAUGAUGUUUGGAAGAUAAACUUUGAUGGCGCAAUGUUUGGUGAGUCCGAUGAAGCUGGAAUUGGUGUGAUUAUUCGAGAUUGUAGGGGUGAAGUCAAGGCUGCUCUUUCCGAAAAGAUAAAAAAGCCUCCUACCGUGGAUGUACUGGAACUGAUGGCUGCAAAGAGAGCGAUGACUUUUUCCCUUGAAACAAGAACUUAUAGAGCUAUGCUUGAAGGAGAUUCUGCCUUAGUGAUCAAAGCAAUUCAGCUCGGUGGCUGGGAAUUCGCGCAGGGGGGUCACCUCAUCCACGACAUCUCUACGUUAAAAAACUCUUUUCAGAGUAUUUCUUUCUCUCAUAUUGUACGGCAAGGUAAUGCAGUUGCAAAUGCCUUUAGCCCAGAGAGCUAGA